GCCAACUUGCUCCGAAGUUCCUCCCCCUGCUAGCUAUAAGCCUAAACAAACAAGAGAUCACUACCAAUGGCAAUGGGGAAGCUUUACAUAAUCUUGGUUGCCAUGGUAGUCUUCUUGUUGGCUAGCAGGGUAACAUCUCAAGCUGCUCCUGCUCCUGCUCCGGAUAGUCAACCCCUUGAUGUGGAUUACUUUAGAAAUCCAGCGAAGUUUCUUGAAGUUUGUCCACUUUUUAAACACAUAACUGAUAAUAACUGCAUCGAAGCCCUUAGCGAAAGUGUAUUUUAUAAAACUAGCCUAAUUAUCACCAAGGACUGUUGUAAGCAACUUUUAUCUUUUGGACGUCGAUGCCAUCAAGCCUACGUGAAUUCGUGGAAGCAUUCACCGUUAUGGGGUUAUCCUGCUACGGAGGGCAGGAACCAUGUACACGCAGCAGAUCUUGUGCGUGUGGGGGAUGAAAUCUAUUAUGAGUGCUUUUUAAAAGUCAGAGGAUAAUACUCAAUUGCUUAUUCCUCUUCUAAAGAAGACUUCUUCAUUCCUUUCUCUUUUCUUAUGGUAUUUCUCUAUUAUCCAUUCCAAUAAUAAUAAUAAUAAUAAUAAUUUUUU